GGAGGAAGACCAUAGUAACAGGUUGUUGUCAAGGAGUGCGACGUCCCACUUUGGACCAAAUUACCAAGGCGUAGUGAUAUUGACAUUUGGGCGCACAGCAGCAGAAGAUAGUGCUCGACAAUCGCACGGGUGGAAAGCAAACGCUUGGGUUUCCGUUUAAUUCCUGUACGUACAGUCUAACGUGGUUCACACUCAAAUACUAUGGCUGAUCAGCUAACAGAGGAGCAGAUUGCUGAGUUCAAGGAGGCCUUCUCCUUAUUUGACAAAGACGGGGAUGGCACCAUCACUACUAAAGAGUUGGGGACUGUCAUGCGGUCUUUGGGCCAGAAUCCUACAGAGGCAGAGCUUCAGGAUAUGAUCAAUGAAGUUGAUGCUGAUGGCAAUGGAACAAUUGAUUUCCCAGAGUUCCUUACAAUGAUGGCCAGGAAGAUGAAGGACACUGAUAGCGAGGAGGAGAUCAGAGAAGCAUUCAGAGUUUUUGAUAAGGAUGGAAACGGCUAUAUCAGUGCAGCUGAGUUGCGUCAUGUAAUGACAAAUCUGGGGGAGAAGCUUACAGAUGAGGAAGUGGAUGAGAUGAUCCGGGAGGCAGAUAUUGAUGGGGACGGUCAGGUCAACUAUGAAGAGUUUGUGCAGAUGAUGACAGCAAAGUAAAAACUGGAAACCAAAAGGAGCAAAACAGACCAAACAGUGGGCAGCACUCUCACUGUCAACCUUUCAACAAGCAUUCACAACCCAGUCUCUUACUCCUGUCCAUCUAGUUUUGCUCUCCUUCACUUUCCCUUAAUUUGAUCAGUCCUCUGCUCUGCUUGUUUUUCCAACAUGAUCUCCUGUCAGCUUUUUCCCUACAUUAUCUGGUUUUCUUUG